UAUACAUUGGAACAGCAAAUCCCCGCGGUCAGGAUGUCGUGUUUGUCACACAUUUUACUGGCAGUAACAGUUCUGGUGCUUACAGUAAAUGCUGUAAGAGAUGGCUGCCCGGAUUACAAUCUCCUGGGACCUUGGGGUUGUGCCUACAUGCCUAAGUGCUUCGGAGACUCAAUGUGUCCAGCAGGGCAGCAGUGUUGUCCCCAUCCAUGCGGAAAUCAAUGUGCUGCAAUAGUGCACUGCAAAUCCCUAAACUGUGGUAAAGUUUGUCCCCAUGGGUACGAGAGAGGAGCGGAUGGAUGUCAGACUUGCCAUUGUCGUGACAAGUCAAAGUGCACAACGUUCCAGUGCUUACUGCAGAAUACAAACCUCCUCGAAGGAAAGUAGAGCUUCUCGAUGCAUUUGGAUUUGAACCGAUGAAUAAAGCAUAUAAAUUUGAGCAAGA